AGCACCGGCCGCGGGAGCAGGGAGUAUUAUGGGCUGUGGGUGCCGCUGAGCAAGAUGGAGCUGUCUGCAGUGGGCGAGCGGGUCUUCGCGGCCGAAUCCAUCAUCAAACGGCGGAUUCGAAAGGGACGCAUCGAGUACCUGGUGAAAUGGAAAGGGUGGGCCAUCAAGUAUAGCACUUGGGAGCCCGAAGAGAACAUCCUGGACUCGAGGCUCAUUGCAGCCUUCGAGCAGAAGGAGAGGGAGCGUGAGCUGUAUGGGCCCAAGAAGAGGGGACCCAAACCCAAAACUUUCCUCCUGAAGGCGCGGGCCCAGGCCGAGGCCCUCCGCAUCAGCGAUGUGCAUUUCUCUGUCAAGCCGAGUGCCAGCGCCUCUUCGCCCAAGCUGCACUCCAGCGCAGCUGUGCACCGGCUCAAAAAGGACAUCCGCCGCUGCCACCGCAUGUCCCGCCGCCCCCUGCCGCGCCCAGACCCCCAGGGGGGCAGCCCUGGCCUGCGCCCCCCCAUCUCGCCUUUCUCUGAGACCGUGCGCAUCAUUAACCGCAAGGUAAAGCCUCGGGAGCCCAAGCGGAACCGCAUCAUCCUGAACCUAAAGGUCAUCGACAAGGGCUCGAGUGGCGGGGGUGCUGGGCAGGGGGCUGGAAACCUUGCCCGCCCCAAAGUCCCCUCUCGGAACCGCGUCAUUGGCAAGAGCAAGAAGUUCAGUGAGAGCAUGCUGCGCACGCAGAUCCGGCACAUGAAGUUCGGCACCUUCGCGCUGUACAACAAGCCUCCGCCCGGCCCGCUGCCGCCCCCGCCAGCCAGCAAGGCCGACGUUGCUGCCGCCCCCGCCCCCGCCCCCGCCCCCGGGCUGCUCCUGGCAGCGCCCACUGCCUCCUACGACGCCCGCAGCUCCGGCUCCUCCGGCUGCCCCUCGCCCGCACCGCAGUCCUCCUCUGACCCCGACGACUCGCCCCCCAAGCUGCUCCCUGAGACCAUGAGCCCAUCCGCCCCCGUCUGGCAGGAGCCUGAGGUGCUCGACCUGUCCAUCUCUCCCGAGACCGCAGCCACCAGCAAGAGGGCGCCUCCCGAUGUCACUGCUGCUGCCGGCCAGGCACUUCCCACUGCUCCCGAGCCUAACGGCACCUCCUCCGAGCCGGAGGCUGGGGACUGGCGCCCCGAGAUGUCGCCCUGCUCCAAUGUGGUCGUCACAGAUGUCACCAGCAACCUCCUGACGGUCACGAUCAAGGAGUUCUGCAAUCCUGAGGAUUUCGAGAAGGUGGCUGCUGGGGUAGCAGGCGCCGCAGGUGGGGGUGGCAGCAGUGGGGUGAGCAAGUAA